AUGACUAAACCAAGACAACGCAGAUCAUCAGCAAGUCUAAAAGUUGUAGUUGAUAAGGAUAUGACUGAUAAAUUUGCAAGAAAUUCCCCUACUUUAAGCCAUUUAUACCGCUACCCGUUGUUGGCAAAUGGGGUUGAUAGUGCCGUGAAUCUCCCCCUAGUUAAUGUUGUGCUAUCCUGGGUACUAUUGCUAGCUGAUAGAAGUCGUAGUCUUUUGUUAGAUUCACAAAAGGCUCCUCGUUUCAUCAAAGUUGGUUAUAAUUUAGUUGCUGGAACUCUUUAUAAAAUCGAUGAGUUAUUUGCUCUACUGGUACUAAGAGAAGGACUAGGUGUGUUGGUUGAACAAUGGAAAAUCCAUGGCAAUAAGCCAGGUCUGUGGUUCGGUUACUUUUUGGUUGAUUACUGGGCCAACGUGGUAAAUAUUCUAUUAACCCAUUUUGUCUUGGGUCCGAAGAAGUUGGCAGCUACGCCUGUCAUACUGCCAACGACACCAGAUGACGAACAACAUUCUUUACCUCAUUUGGAAGAAUUAGCCACAACCACUAAAGGUAUUUCCAAGGAUCUUCAAGAGAAAAUUCCAACCGGUUACCUCGAAAAGACAGCUAGUUAUGCAAGAACUAAAUAUGAAAAAUUGUUCAAGCCCGUGGCGGAAAGAGUUCAAACUGAAUAUGUGGAUCCAACAAAGGCACAUGCACUUGAUACGUAUAAAACAGUUUCAUCCUCGUAUGGGGCCAAUUUACGCAACUCCGAAAGUAUUCCAAGAGCCAUAGUCUCCACGGGGAUCGAUCUUAAGAAUAUCACUUUAGAGAAUUUGAAAACCACUACGGCAGAAGUGGUCGAGGAGGAGAGUAAGAAGUUGCAGGAAGAAGCCCAGACUCAAGUUCCUAAGUUAGACUCUGUGCCAGUUUCGAACGGCGGGAAUGCCGAAUAA